UGAUCGGUCAAGCUCAAGCUUGGGUCAAGCUAAAGGUUUUGCUCUCAAAUUUUACUCAACCAUUGAGCUAAAUUAUACGCCGGAAUUUUACUUAUUGAAAGGUGAACGAUGGCAACCCAAUCGGGCAGCAGCAUCCAGUUGGCUCCUCUUCGCUCGGUCAGCGAUUUUCUUCUAGAAUCAGCCCGCUUCCAGCUUCCAAAUUUGCAGGACUUUGAAAAAUGGGGAAACAGAGUCGUGAAGAAUCUACUCUACUAUCAGACAAAUUACUUUCUCAUGAGUGUGACUGUUUUUGUUCUGAUUGGAUUACUUCAUCCGUAUAAAAUCGUCCUUGGCGUAAGCAUUAUCAUGGCUCUUCUGUAUGUGUUUGUCAAGUUCUUUGCCGCCGAAGCGCGCCGUACGCUGGGUGCUGCUGCUGGUCAGCAGCCCAACAAGUGGGCCGUACUGGGAGGAGUACUGGGUUGCAGUUAUCUGGUACUGUUUCUGUUCGAUGCCGUUCUGAUAGUGAUGUUCGCUGUGUUGAUGCCGUUCUCACUAACGUUUAUUCACGCUUCGCUGCGGCUUCGUAAUAUCAAAAAUAAGAUUACAAACACCAUCGAAAUUGUUGGGGUAAAACAAAGUCCAAUGGGACAAUUUUUAGAUGCCAUGGGUUUGAUGUCUGAUACAAUUUCAUUUUAAACCCAUUUGUAUCGGUGUUCGUCGAUGGGCAGCUAAACUUUGAGCACUACGCGUUUGCAACCAGAAGUAGAUUCGAGCGAAAACACUCGGUUAGUAGCUCUUUUUAUUUCAGUUGAACAAUUAGGCUGCAAGUUAGAUGCUGUUUUCAUGAAAAGUAACAUUAAAAUUACCAUUUGCAAAAGAAAAAGAUCUGUAGGUUGCUCCUAGUGAUGUCCGUUAAUCGUUCGAUUAGUUCAACUAAUCGAAUAAUACAAGGAAUAUUCGAAUAAUUUUUAAUCGAAUACUGCAUAUAGCACGUGUAAUCCCCGAAUAAAGCUCGCUAAUUGUUGGAUUAAUCGAAUUAAUUAAAGAAAUAUUCGAAUAUUUUUUAUCGAACACCGCUAGCACGAAUAGUUGAAUUAAUUGAUUAGUGCAGACAACGCUCACCGAUUAAUCGGUAAUAAUUGAAAAUUUCGGACAUCACUAGUUGCUCCUAGUCACUACUCAAAGAACUUAUUUACCUUUUAAUAAAAAUCCCUCAAAUAUUCUUAGUAUUGUAAGUGUGCAUGUCACAGUUGACAACUUGAAUAAAUAUUUUGG